AUGCGGCCACGAGUGACAGCCGCUCUCCUGGAUCCUUACGAAGCUUGUGCUCUUGAGCCAUGGAGCCAGCGGAGGCCACGCCAGCCAGCUCAGGCCCGGAGCAGGGACAGCGACGGCUCUCCUUCGCCUACCAGGGCCUGUCCGAGGUCCCCUACGACAGCAUCCUGGAGCAGCGUGAGACUCUGGAAGUGCUGGACCUCAGCUACAACAUGCUGGAGGACUCUCCUGGGGGAACUGGAGAAACUCACCACGCUCAUCCUGGACUGCAACAACUACAGUUCCCAUGUCAAGUUCCCCUACAUGCCCAGCAUCACUACCAUUUGGAUCAACAAGAACAAGAUCAGUAACCUGCCCACCUUUGUGGAGGAGAUCAGCAGGAAGUUCCCCAGUAUAAAGAUUCUAAGUAUGAUGAACAAUGAGGCUGCCCCCAGCUACUUCAAUGGAGGGACUUUAACACAGUAUAUUGAUUACAGGCAGUAUGUGAUCAGUCAGAUCCCCGGUCUGGAGGUACUGGACGACACAGAGGUGCUGGACAAAGAGCGCAUGCAAGCUAAGAAGACCUACAGGAUGCAGAGGAUAAAAGACAACUACAAGAGGAAGAAAGAGCUUCGCCGCUGAUCCCAUCAUGUCUGCCUGCUGCUUCGCGUUCCUCUGAACACUGAAUUCUACUUCCAAGAUCUUUUCAUCUGAAAUGGAAGACGGCAAUUUCAGAUGAAGAUAAAGAGAUUUUGAUUCAAGAAGGAGCCUGAUGGUUUAAGACAACUCGGUUUCAGUUUUCCACAAAAUCUGGAAUGAAGAUUUGCAUUUAUUUUGUUAAAUACCUGAAGCUAUUAUUUUUUCUGUUAUGUGACAAGGAUGCACAUUGAGUGUUUUUCCUUUUCCAGAUGAUUGAAGUGAUCUAAUCAUGUUUUAGGAUGUAUGAAAUAUGCUUUAAGAACCCCCCCAAAAAAUCGAAAUCUGGAAUGUACGUUGUUCAAUUUGGGGACAGACACCAUUAACACACACAUCCCAGUGCAGUAGCCUAUAAUCACAAGGCUUAAUCAGGCUUAUUUUUCAUACAGGCAGCUGACAUACAUGAAGAGGCUUCCAGAUUGUAUGUGUACUUGUCUAUAGCAGCUGGCCUCAUAGUGCAGCCAGAUAUGAGGUGUGGACACAGUUAUGUAAGUUACUAUGUAAAUGGAAGAGCAAUGCUUGGCAUGAGCCGAGUGUCAUUUUUAGACCAACACUUAUUUAAUAUUCAAGCCUUCUACAGGAAUCUGACUCAAGGCGGUUUUGGCCUAGUGUUCCCUAUUAUGCUGCUUUCCUGUCAAAGGGUUUAUUGUGCAGUCCACAACAAUGACAGUAGGGGGCACUAGUACUCUGGGACAUUAGAGCUUGAAAUGAAGCAAUAUAGCUUUUGAUAUACAUUUUUUUCCAACGAAAUAUACAUAUAUAUAUUUAUCCCCCCCCCCCCCAUGUUUCACUGCCAGUGGCAAGCAGGAUGUCAGCUAAACAGCUUUAACAGCUUUAUUUAUUGUUGCUUUGACAUCCUUCUUUAAACAUUAAAGCUGAAUGUGUUUGUCACAGGCACGUUUACCCAGAACCAAAUUAAAAUAAAAAAUAAAGUAUA